AUGGCGGCGGCGGCGGCGGCGCUGCUGGGGCGGGCGGUUGCGGCCUGCGGGGCCCGGCGGGGCCGGGGCUGGGCCCGGGCCUGGGCCCGGGCCUGGGGCCGGGCCUGCAGCGGCAGCACCGGAACCGGGGCCGUGCUGCGGGAGCGGCUGCGGCGGGACCAGGCAGCAGGGGGCGCGGGAGCCGCGGGGGACGCGGAGGAGCAGCGGCGCUGGGCGCGGGGCGGGGCGCGGCGCUUGGCCCUGCGCCUGGCGGGGCUGCUCGGGGCCGGCGGCGGCGUCGCCAUCGUCUGCAUCUUCGGUAGCAAUGCAGUGGAUGAGCACGGAGCAAAGAUCCCAGAUGAGUUCGAUGGAGACCCCGUGGGCAUCCAGCAGCUCCGUAGGACCUACAAGUACUUCAAGGACUACAGGCAGAUGAUCAUCGAGCCCACCAGCCCCAAGCUGCUGCCGGACCCCCUGCAGGAGCCCUAUUACCAGCCCCCCUACACGCUGGUCAUCGAGCUCACGGAUGUGCUGCUGCACCCCGAAUGGUCGCUCGUCACCGGGUGGCGCUUCAAGAAGCGCCCGGGCAUCGAGAGCUUCCUGCAGCAGCUGGCGCCGCUCUAUGAGAUCGUGGUGUUCACCUCCGAGACCGGCAUGACCGCAUUCCCGCUCAUCGACAGCGUGGACCCGCACGGCUUCGUCUCUUACCGCCUGUUCCGUGACGCCACGCGCUACAUGGACGGGCAGCACGUGAAGGACAUCUCGUGCCUGAACCGGGACCCGGCGCGGGUGGUGGUGGUGGAUUGCCGGCGCGAGGCCUUCUGCCUCCAGCCCCACAACGGCCUGGCCCUGCCGCGCUGGGACGGCAGCUCCGAGGACCGGCAGCUCUACGACCUGGCUGCCUUCCUCAAGACCAUUGCGCUCAGCGGCGUGCCGGACGUGCGCCCGGUGCUGGAGCACUACGCGCUGGAGGAGGAUCCCUUGGCAGCCUUCAAACGGCGCCGGACGCAGCUGGAGGAGGAGGAGCAGCAGCGCCGGGAGGAGCUGGCCCAGGGCAAGAAGCCCCCCCCGGGGCUGUUCCUGGGCUCCUGGGCCGGGCGCCUCUGGGGGCGCUCCAAGCAGCAGUGAUGGCGUCAGAGUGAUGUCAGCGUGACGUCAGAGAGGAGCAGCGCCCGCCGGGGGGAAGGGGCACUGCCUCCCUGCUCCCACCCCCCUACCA